AUGGCGUUGGUCCCCCAUCCAUCCCCUCCUGGCGUCCUGGGUAUCCAGCAUGGCGGACAUUUUGGUCAGCUCAAUGGAGCAGCACCUGUGGAUGCGCACCUGCAACGACAGCGACUGCUAGCUCAAUUGAACGAAUCCACCUGGCAGAGAAUAGGCUCCUUAAAUGAGUUGCUUGGAGACCAUGAAGGAGCCUUGUUUGCUUAUGAACAAGCCCUACGACACAAUCAAUGGUCGACUCAGACUCUCAAUGCAAUCUCUUGCAUUCUCCGCACAAAAGAGAAAUAUCCGGAAGCCAUGGAGUAUCUCAAGAACAUACUCAAGGUGGAGCCUGCCAACGGCGAAGCUUGGGGUAACCUAGGCCAUUGCUACUUGAUGAUGGACAAUCUACAAGAAGCGUAUACUGCCUACCAGCAGGCUCUAUACUAUCUGCCUGACCCAAAGGAACCUAAGCUAUGGUACGGCAUCGGCAUUCUUUACGAUCGUUAUGGUUCUUUGGAACAUGCAGAGGAAGCGUUUUCCCAAGUCAUGCGCAUGCAACCCGACUUUGAAAAGGCCAAUGAGAUCUACUUCAGACUGGGAAUUAUUUACAAGCAGCAACAGAAAUUCCAACAAAGUCUUGAGUGCUUCAAGUACAUUGUCAAUGACCCACCACGACCAUUGAACGAAGAAGACAUUUGGUUCCAGAUUGGUCAUGUCUAUGAACAGCAGAAAGAUUUUGAAGCUGCAAAAUCCGCCUACCGCCGGGUUCUCGAAAGAGACCCGAAACAUGCCAAAGUCUUGCAGCAGCUUGGUUGGUUGCAUCAUCAACAAAGCAAUAGCUAUGCCAGCCAAGAUCAAGCCAUCGAAUAUCUCGAACAAUCAGUCAGCUCAGAUAACCAAGAUGCUCAGAGCUGGUAUCUACUGGGUAGAUGCUAUAUGGCGCAGCAGAAAUUCCCCAAAGCGUACGAAGCUUAUCAACAAGCCGUGUAUCGUGAUGGACGGAAUCCCACUUUUUGGUGCUCUAUUGGUGUGCUGUACUAUCAAAUUAAUCAAUAUCGAGAUGCACUCGACGCAUAUUCGCGCGCGAUUCGAUUGAAUCCAUACAUUUCAGAAGUGUGGUACGAUCUUGGAACUCUGUACGAGUCAUGCAACAAUCAAACCUCUGAUGCUCUUGAUGCGUAUGCCCGAGCCGCAGAGCUUGAUCCUACAAAUACUCACAUCAAGGCGCGCCUUGCACUUCUCAGGAGUGGGGCUGCCACUGGACCGAAUCAACACAACGCUCCCGUUCCUCAAGAUGUUCACCCACAAGCAUACCAAAAUGGUGUUGGUGUACCCCCUGGACCCCAAUGGGGUGCACCUUCGUCUUCUAACCAGCAGUCUCAACAGCCUCCAGUUGAUCCGGCAAGGAUCAGUGACUGGACAAGAGGUAUCGCUGGAAUUCAGCAACCUCCCUCACAACCAAAUGGCUAUGAAGCCCGUGAUAGCAUGAGAGCUCCUCCUCCACGUGCUCCUAGCCCACGACAAGAAGCUCCUCGCCCGUACGAUGCGUCACGUCAAACUCCCGGACGAAAAAUGCAGUCGCCGUCACCCAAGAUGCAGCCGGCAGUUCCAGGAAUGUAUCCCCCUGGACCUCAAACAUUGCCUCAAAUUUCCAUGCCAGAUCGGGUUCCUACAUAUGGCGGUGGGGUUCGCCCAUCUCCCACCAUGAAUGGUGCACCCCCACCCCCUACUAAUGGCGCUGGAUCCGGCACUACCCUCCCGCCUUACGGACGGCCAUUCAGCCCCCCUGGUGAGCUGAGACCUCUUCGGGACGAGCGUCCUCAGUCACCAGGAUCUGCUUUCAGAUCCCAGCCGUUCCAAUCCGGCCCUCAAUUCCCCAGCAUUGCUAACGGCGUGCCUUCCGCAGCACCACCAUUGCCUGCAGUAGAUGGCCCUCCACGAGAUGAUCGACCACCAUCGGCCAUGAAGCGAUCCCGUGACUGGGAAGCUGAAUCAGGUCCAUCCAAGAAGAUUGCCAAUGAUGAGACUCGUGCUCGCCUGGAUGAAAUAGGCCGUAGAAAUAGCCCUCCAGGCCGCCUUCCAACACCAAAGGAUCACUUCAGGCGCAGCUCAUCCGAGAUCCGUCGCGAGAACGAACGACGAGCAAAUGAGAACUACCAUCCAUCUGAAGCAGCACAUCAUCCUUACAGCAUGCCUGCUCAACAAAUCCCGUCCAUGCAGUCAAUAUUGGAUGCCCCACAAGAGGAACGCAAUGAACAUGUCGAGCAGGCCGCUCGCAAAGUCGACGUAGACGAGGAUUACGACAAUAACAGCGAGGAUGAAAAGCGGGCGGCGGCGGCUACGAGCAGCCCUCAAGUGGCAGCUCCUCCAACAUCAACCCCGAAACCAGAAAAUACUGCGUGA